AUGAGUCUGUUUGUGGCUUCGCGUCUUGUGCAGUCGCCUCUGGCAUCGACGCAGGGUAUUUUUGGGCCCAUGCGCCUGUCUCAGCGUGCCCUGCACACCUCGUCUGUGACCCGUGCCCUUACCUGGUCGAAGCAGCCGCCGGCCAAGGUGGUCUCGUUGUCCGAGGAGCAGGACCUGAAGCAGCUGAACCAGCGCCGCAACGAGCGUCCGAUUUCGCCUCACCUGACUAUUUACCAGCCGCAGCUGACCUGGUUCAGUUCGAUUGGCCACCGUUUCACUGGUGUUGGUUUGAGCGCUGGUCUUUAUGCAUACGCCAUUGCCUACCUGGCUGCGCCGCACGCCGGCCUGGGCGAACUCCUGUCUUCGGGUUCUCUCGUGGAUCUUGUUUCGCAGAUGCCCGUGUGGGCGAAGCUUGCUAUUAAGGCGCCGCUUGCUGCGACGUUCUCGUACCACUGCCUGAACGGACUGCGUCACCUUUCGUGGGACUGGGGCUUCUUCCUGCAGUUGCGCUCUUCGUACCUCGCGGGCUACACGGUGCUGGCGGCCACGGCGGCCUCGACUGUGGGUCUUUGCAUGCUCUAA